AAAAAAAAAGAUUGAUGGAAGGAGCACUAAUUCCAAAGCUAUAAAACCUCGGUUAAACCUUGAAUCUGUGCUGGUUUCUCUUGUUCGUCAUCAUCCUCCGUGAAUAGGGUUUACUUUCUCUAUUUUUUUUUUCGAAUCGAUUCCAUUGCGUCUCUCAAAGAUUUGACAGUGUUUGAUUGCACAAUUUGUGAAGAUGCCUCGUCCCAAAAGAAAAGCGGCCCCACCAAUCACUUCUUCUGAUGUUGAUUCUUCUCUUCGUACCGAACCAAAGAAAUCAACCACAAAGCAAUUUGAUCGAAUAGAUAACCUAUUCGAAUCGUAUGCAAACAAGUCACUGGGUUUGAUUGACCCAGACGGGAUUGUGGCAUUUUGUAAAGAUGUGCAUGUGGAUCAUACAGAUGUUAGAAUGCUGAUACUUGCUUGGAAAAUGAAAGCUGAAAAACAAGGUUAUUUUUCCAAGGAUGAGUGGCGAAAAGGGCUCAAAUGUUUAGGGGCCGACACACUCCCAAAGUUACGAAAGGUCGUUGGUGGACUGAAGAAAGAGGUGAUGGUACCAGAGUGCUUUGAGGAUUUUUAUUCCUAUGCAUUUCAAUACUGUCUGACAGAAGAUAAGCAAAGGAGUGUAGAUAUUGAGACCAUCUGUGAGCUGUUGAAUGUCGUUCUGAGAUCUGAAUUCCCUACUCAAGUUAAUUUAUUAACUGAGUAUCUAAAGGUCCAAAACGACUACAGGGCACUAAACAUAGAUCACUGGAGAAAUUUUUAUCGGUUUUUUAAGGAGGUAAGCUUUAGUGAUCUUCGAAGUUAUGAUUCCAGUCAAGCAUGGCCCGUGAUCCUCGACAAUUUUGUUGAAUGGUUAAAAGAAAAACCAGAGAAAAUAUAGUUCUCACCUUUCUCAAGUUUCUGUUCAUUUUUAAUCUGCCAACUCCGAACGAGAAUACUGUUUGAAGCGGAUAUACAAUUGUAUAUGGCUGAUCUGAGUAAUCAGUUCGCAGUUUUUCUGCAGAAUUAAUCCCAUGUAACAACAACUUCAUACAUUGUCAACUGUCAAAGUUAUAUUCACUUUUCUUCAUCUGGA